UUGACCAAAAUGAAAAUGGCUGCCACCGAUACUGCAGGCACGAUUGUCAGAAGGAAUCGUCCUGGUACUAAAUCUCAGAACUGGUGCAGCUGGCAGGAUGAGUCCUUUGAGGAGAUGGACAGCACCCUUGCAGUGCAGCAGUUCAUCCAACAAGCUAUCAGAAAGGACUUCACCAAUGUUGUUGAGAUCCUGACCCCACCUGAGGGCCAGGAUGAGGGUGUGUGGAAGUACGAACAUCUCAGACAAUUCUGUAUGGAACUUAAUGGGUUGGCAGUGAAAUUACAGCAAAGUGACUGCAACCCGGACACAUGCACCCAGAUGACGGCCACAGAACAGUGGAUCUUCCUUUGUGCAGCACAUAAGACUCCUAAGGAGUGCCCAGCAAUAGACUACACCCGGCACACCCUGGAUGGAGCAGCAUGUCUACUUAACAGCAACAAGUACUUCCCUAGCAGAGUAAGCAUCAAGGAAUCUUCAGUAGCCAAGUUGGGUUCUGUCUGCCGCCGUGUUUACCGAAUAUUCUCACACGCAUACUUUCAUCACCGAACCUUGUUUGAUGAAUAUGAGAAUGAGACUUUCCUAUGCCGUCGAUUCACCCAGUUUGUGACGAAAUACAAUCUGAUGUCCAAAGACAACCUCAUCGUUCCUAUACUGGAGGACCAGCAAUCUAUAGAAGGGGAGAGUGAAGCCUAGAGUAUCUGUCCUUACCAACAUUAACAGUACAAUACUCAGCAGGAUACUUUUUGGUUCUAAACAAAUAUCUUUUGCAGGACAGUAGCAUUACAAUGCUCAUUAAAGGAAAAACAGUUUUAACAAAAAAAAAUGCAUUGUGCCAUUUUAAUGACGUGUAUGAAGUACUGUGAAACGGACUAGUAGCAUUAAACCACUCGUACAGGUACUAGGGACAAUUUGAACCUUCUAGAUUUUCUUGAAUUUUACGAGUGGCCCGAUCUUGUAAACUUACAGAUCUAAAAAAAAUCAAAAACAUUCAGAGAGCUCUCCAAUGGCCAAUUAUUUGCAUGUUGUAUCAAUAAGUAUUUAGUUUAUAACAUCAGAAAUCAUCCUUUCAUCAUGGCAACUUUAAUGAAUUUGACAAAAAAAUGGAUUUUCAAAAAUUACAAAAUUUGUUCAUUUUGAGCAGAUAUGUUGUACAAUGUUCAGAUGUUGAUUGGACACCACAAGACAUCAAAUACUGUAUAUUAUGUAUAUAAUGUGUAUUUAUCAGUGUAAUAGUUUUUACUGCCAGCCUUGUGUUGUCAUGUACAGUAGAGUUAUCCAUCAAAUGUUACAACUCUUGCAUGCAUGUUAUUACCAUUUGUUCACAUAUACUGAACGAAAGAGGUCAAGAAACAUUAUUUCUUACUUGGGUUUCAACUGAAAAAUCCUUUGGGUUCAGUCAUGUUGUUUUGGCUCCCUGCUCUAGUUCCUUAUCAAGGACCAGUAUAACCCUCUGGAUGCCGGGGUGUCUUUUUUCUGAGGUGCAUUUUUAAAAAAUCUAAAAAAUGAAUGUUGCAUGAAAUUACAUUUGUUAGGCACUAUGGGUAUACAAUUACAGAGAUAUAAUACCCAUCAAAAGCUUAGACUCACCAGUGUAGAUGUAGCCACUUACUUCAGUCAACUGCUCUAAACUAGAUUUUGCAAAAUAUACCACACUGUUUAAAGGUACUGUUUACACACGAACUGAUGUAUUGUAAAA